AUGGACCAAAUCGCUGAGGUCAAGGUAAAAGAUCCAACAUUCGCGCAACAAUUCAUCCAACGUGCUGGCACGAAUCUGGAAAUCCAAGGGAAAACGGCGACCGCAGCCCACAUCCAGCGGUUGGACUCCGAUGCGGGCUCCGAACCAUCCGCGAAGAGGCUGCAGCUGAACUCUGUUUUGUGCAGCUGGUACAACCCCUCAAGAAUCGUCUGGCUACAUUUUGGCAGCGAAAAGGCCGCUGUAAAAGCGGUUGAGUUCCUCAAUGGGCUAAGAAAGCUGCGAGGGCGGAAGCUGCAGACAAAGUACCAACCUCCGCCCAUUCAUGCGUACUGGAGUUCUCAACCUGUCAUCCACUCAGUUCAGGUUGGGAACCUUGAUGUGGAGACAACCCAAGAAGAUCUGCGCAGGUUUCUAAGGGGCCGCGAGCCUGGAAACAUAAAAAUGGGCCCGAAAUCCUACAUGGCAACCCCACAAGAAGCGUCGUUGCAGGUCAAGGAUUCCCUCGAAGCUUUCGGCCAAUUGACCGACUGGGACGUAUCUGCAGAGGCUCCAGGAACCCGUUCAAAAGCCAUAGCCAGAUUCGCCAAUCCGGAAGACGCUCGACGUGCAUCAGCAGGACUCAAUGGAAAGAAAACUAGUGCGCUAGGAGAUACCAAGCUUUUCGUCAACACAGUCACCUCUAUCAAACUCUCAAUCCUCAGUAUAAUCCUUAACGCCGUCAGGGUACAGCUAGAGGAGAUUAAGGCACGAGUCUGGGAGUCAACGUAUGUACACAUCAAAGUAUACAACAAGCCAACGCACGGCAUUCACACGGCUCUGAGGAUCUUCGGUGGGGAUAGACGUGCGGUUUCCCAAGCAAAAAGCUCCGUGGAGAAGCUUUUGGCUGGCACGAUAGCCAGGACUGGAGACAGCCUUAUACGCGAUCCAUUCUUCUUCGGCCCUGACGCAACGGCUUAUUUUCAAAACCUGAUGGACACGCAUGCUCUGCAGGGUGGGUUCAGACGGCUCGUUGCAGUUUUCGGCAAGGAAGUCGUCAAGCUCAAUAUUACCAGCUCGCCCAAAAUGAUCACAUUCCAGGGCUCGUGCCAAGAUUUCCAACGCGCACACACCAUCUUUCUGGGUACACACAACAUUGAUUUGGAGCGGCGGACAAGGAUCGCCACUAUGAAAGGCACUGACGAAGUCUGCCCUGUCUGUUGGAUGGAACCCGAGGAUCCUGUUAGCGGCGCAUGCGGUCACACUUAUUGCAGAGACUGCGCCUCGGCAACAUGCGACCACGUCUUCACACUCACAGAAAUACAAGACACAAUUCCCGAAUCGGUCUUUGAGAAUCUGCUCGAGGUUUCCUUUAUGUCGCAUGUCCGCGCCCAGCCCGAAAUCUUCCAGUACUGUCCAACGCCGGACUGCGACCGGAUAUACCGUUCAAGCACCGAUGGUCGCAUCUUUCUCUGCGACAACUGCAUCACCCCUGUGUGUACAGCGUGCCACGUGGUGGCUCACGAUGGCAUCACGUGUACAGAGGCAAAGGAGCUGGGGAGCGAAAACGAGAUUGCGUUCGAAAAUUGGAAGCAGGAGCAGGAGAACGUCAAGUGUUGUCCAAAGUGCAAGACGGUCAUCGAGAAGACGUACGGAUGCAACCACAUGCAGUGUCUUGGGUGCAAGGUUCAUAUCUGCUGGUUCUGCCUGGAUAUUUUCGAUACCGGACCCGAAACCUACGCUCACAUGCAAGAGCGACAUGGUGGGAUCAACAAUCAUUGA